AUGCUAACAUGGUGGCUCUCAGCACCCGAAGUCCGACCCUGUUCAUAUUGUGCCAGAACCAAAAAGGAAUGUACUCUCUACUGGGCCUGGUCGCAGUUGCGCAUAUCAAAAGCUUUUGAGGCGACAUCUUGCAGCAAUCAUCAGCGAGGUGUCACUACCUCGAGCAAGCGCCGGAGGCUGGAUUUGAUCAAUAAUCAACAGACAGCUCAGCUCAGCCAUCCCGAUGACUCACUUGCCACCUCUGAAUAUGGCUCCAACAAUCUCUCGGGGACAUGGUCAUAUGAAGGUCUGGAGACAAACUCUCCAGAAGACCAAAUAGAAUUAUUGAUCACCUCAUCUCAAGGAUUCUCCGGUACCGGAAAUGUUGUUCAACAGUCGACGGAUGCCAUGCAGGACAGGACUUUCUUAGACCCUGAGUACAGCCUCGACCCUCUUGGUGCCCUUGGCGCUCUGACAGAUGGCGCUUCUCACUCUCCCUUCGAGGAAAGUUUCGGUGGUCAAGACCAGUUCCCCAGUCGACAAGACUGGGACUUCUUAGGUACAAUCUCUCAAGACGUCCAACCCGGCUCAUCAGAUGAGGACAUGCGCGUUACUUCGGAACGGCAUCACCAGUCUUCAAUGUGGCCACAGCAGCGAACGCAUUCACUGUCGCCAUUUGCCCUUGAGCAAAACGUUAUUGACAGAACGAAUAAGGGCCUUAUCUCAUCAAACCUCCUACACAUAUACCAUGAUGUUAUGGAAAACAGCCUAUCAUGCUGGCUCACUGAAGUUACCUGUCCCUAUAACUCAAACAUCGAUCCUCUACGAAAAUCGAAGCUUGCAGAAUGGGGACCGUCGUGGUCAAAUAGAAUUUAUCACCGUACCUUGAAACUUGAGCAGGCGGCAAAGGGUGUCAAGUUGAUAAAUCUGAGCCAAUCACAAGACCGUGCCUGCGACAGGGCUCUGCACCUUUCUAUUAUGGCCUUUGCUACGCAGUGGGCUCAGGGAAGUCGACGACAGCGACAGCGUUAUCACUCAUAUAUGGCACGACCAGAACCGCAACAACCAGAACAUGCCUUUGAUGAGCUGGCCAAUGAGUUUGACCGCGACAUUCAAUGGCACUUUUGGAACAAAGCUGAGAAAUGUCUUGAAGAAGUGGCUUGUGUUGAGUCCUUUCGAGUUGUCUGCGCCGAGGCCGUUCUGGGUUUGUCCCAGAAGCCAUGGGAGCAGAACCAAGAGUCUGCACCAAGCGAGGAUUCGGCACCGGUAAGUUGUAGUAGGGUGGGGUUUGACCAAAACAACAUCAUGCUCGAGAUCUCCCGAGCCAUAUCACAAGACGGGCCUCCGACGUACUUGGAACGAGCGGCUCGCAAGAUGCAUGCGCUGAAAUACAGGUUCGAUUCUGCUUUGAAUAAAUCGAGUCUGUUCCGAAACCGCGAGGGGACGAAAAAUUCAGUACGAUUAAUGGAUGAAGAAGACCAAAACUCUGUGGGUCUGCUCUACUGGCUGACUAUCAUGUUUGACACUGUCUCUUCAUCCAUGAACGAGCGACCAUUGGUGGUAUCCGAUCAAGAUUGUCAGCAUGAUGACUGUCAGGAGGAAGAAGAACGUGUGCGGUGGAACUUGGACCUCUUCGCUCAAGACAAGUUGGAUUCGCCCUCUCGGAUGGUUCGGUGGCCAUGCACAUACGAAGAAGCGGCCGAAGCCGUCACCAAGUCAGGCCCCGUCAAGAUAUUGCUCUAUAGGCACGUUUCUUGGCUUCAGAAUAUGCUCAGACGGGGACAGUCGGGAGAGAAAGUGGAGGGCAUCAUCCGCAGUGCUAUGACUCUGUGUCACUACUGGAGUGUGACCUACGGUAACCUCUUCAGAGACCUCUUGGAUAAUUUUGGCUCUGUUCCGGGCCGAAUUCAAAGCUGGUUUGUUUGUAUCGCUGCACAUUGGCACCUGGCAUCCCUGAUGCUCGCCGACCUCAUUGACCUUGUAGACAAACAUGAUCUAGGUCUCAAGGACGACACUCAAAAGCGUCGUCGAGGCAGGGUUAUUGCCAAAUUACAAGAGACCAGCGUCAAGGAACUUUCGGACCUAGCCAGAGUCGCAACUCCACCAUCAGACGAUGAUAAUGGAGGUCUUUCUGUGGAGCCGCAACUUCCAGGGCUCCAUCCAUCCGUCAAUGAAGGCACUAUAUUGACAGAACCGUGGACGGUCAUUCUGAUUCGAGCCUUCUCACGGGCCACAGUCCUCCUCCUUUCAGAAGCAGAAGAGUAUCGGCAAUUCGCACUGGCGGCAAUUUGUAGCAAUGAGUUGUCAGAAACAAUACGACGCGGGGAAUUAUGUGUCAAAGCACUCUGGUUUUUGGGGAAGAAGUCCGAUAUGGCACGACGGGUUGCUCACAUUUUGACCAGAGAAUUAGCUGCUUACCAGACUCUUUGCAAUUCUGUCCAUUCUCAGUUUUCCAACGAGUCGUUCUGA